GAAAGCGGCAGCAGCAACCGGCGCGUCCGUCUCGCUCUAGCCGCCAGUGGCCGCGCGAUUGCCGGACCGCGUGCGUGCGUGUGUGCAUCAUCCCCCGCAGCAGCAGCAGCAGCAGCAGCAGCAGAGCUUCUUCACGUCCUAUAGAGAGAUCGAGCUGUGCAGCGAUUUUUUUUUAAUUUUCGCUCGGCCUAAUACGCGGCGCCAGUAUACACAGUGUGCUCUCGCAGUCGAGAGGCUCGAUAGGGUCGAGCUGGGGGGGUCGGGGUGUAGUGAUUCAAGCCGUUGCUCGGAUGAAAGGUGGCGACCGGUAGCUACCGAUUACGCCGGUACUGGCUACUCUAGAGUUUAGGGGCUGAUUGUGAUUGUUUGUUAUUGUUGUUGUUGUUGUUGCUGUUCGGUAUAUAAUAGCAGUGCGAGAUAUCGAGGCUUCAGUGCUCGCAGCGGAUAGAAGCGGAUGGAUUCCGCGAGCGGAGGAUAUGUCUGGAGAGAGAGAAGGUUCGCUCGAGCUCGAUCCAUCCUCGUGAGGAUGCAGCAGCAGCAGCUGAAGCGGCAGCAGUAACUCUAGCCCAGGAGUAGAAGGCGACGGUGAUGCUGGCAGUAGCCGAAGACGAAGAAGAAUGCUGGAAACCGAAUUAGCCGAGGAGCCCUGCUGUAGUAGUACUACUGCGAGCGUCUUCGUUGAAUAGCCUUCCGUAGCAACGCUGGCGGGCCAGUAUACAGUGUGCACUUGUCGUCGUAUGUUCUUUCUUCCCCCCGGGAGAGCCGAGAGCCACAGCCGUGGCCCCGCAAGCUCCCGCAAGCGCGCGCGCACAAACAAUGUCGUCGUAGUCGCGCGGCGUCGAUGUCGCCCCACUGCUGCUACUCCAGUGCGCGAAACUGAGCGAUAGAGAGAGAGAGAGAGAGAGAGAGAGAGAGAGAGAGAGAGAGAGAGAGAGAGAGAGACAGUGUGCAUGUGUAUGCGAGAGAGAGUGUUUGUGUGGGUGUGCCUGUUGUAUAUCCAUACCGUAGGAGAGAAGAUAGAUAGAUAGAUAGAUAGAGAGAGAGAGAGAGAGAGAGAGAGAGGGAUAGAGAGAGAGAGAGAGAGAGUGAGAGGCUAUACACUGUACAAUGGCGCUGCUGUUUGCACUCAUCGUCAUUAUGGUCAGCACUGCCAUGUCUCUGCCGCCGGUCAUCAGAAUUGGUGCAAUUUUUACCGAGGAUCAGAAGGACAGUCCGUCGGAGCUGGCUUUCAAGUACGCCGUCUACAAAAUCAACAAGGAAAAAAUCCUGCUGCCCAACACUACCGUGGUGUACGAUAUCCAGUACGUGCCUAAAGACGAUUCGUUUCGAACGUCGAAAAAAGCCUGCAAGCAGCUGUCCCGUUCCGUGCAAGGGAUCUUCGGUCCAGCGGAUCCACUUCUCGGCGCUCACAUACAGAGUAUCUGCGAGGCUCUGGACGUGCCGCAUCUCGAGGCUAGGGUCGACUUCGAGCCGAGCUUCAAGGAGUUCAGCAUCAACCUCUAUCCGUCGCAGGAUCACCUCAACCGGGCCUUCAGGGAUCUCAUGUCCUUCCUCAACUGGACCAAAGUCGCCAUCAUUUACGAAGAGGACUAUGGCUUAUUCAAACUGCAAGACUUAGUGAAAUCGCCGCCUUCGCCGAAAACGGAGAUGUAUAUUCGCCAGGCUGGUCCUGGCUCGUAUAGACAAGUCCUCAGGGAAAUCCGACACAAAGAGAUUUACAAACUAAUUAUUGAUACGGAUCCUAUGUACAUGCCACAAUUCUUUAGAGCAAUACUGCAACUACAAAUGAACGACUAUAGAUAUCACUACAUGUUCACAAGUUUUGACAUUGAAACGUUCGAUCUCGAAGACUUUAAGUACAAUAGCGUAAACAUGACUGCCUUUCGAUUAGUUGAUACGGAGGAGCCUUCGGUCGCCGAAACGCUCAGACAAAUGGAACGCUUUCAGCCGGUCGGACACGCGAUACUGAACAGAUCGGGAAUAAUACAGGCGGAGCCGGCCCUGGUCUACGACAGUGUGCAGGUGUUUGCACACGGACUGGCAGCGCUGGAUCGCAGUCACAUACUCCGGCCCGCCAACCUGUCCUGCGAGAGGGAAGAACCCUGGGACGACGGGCUCUCCUUGUACAAUUACAUUAAUUCCGCCGGCCUGCAGGGCCUCACAGGCCACAUCGAGUUCAACGAGGGCAAACGCACCAACUUCAAGCUCGACCUGCUGAAGCUCAAGAAGGAGGAACUUGUGAAGGUCGGCGAGUGGAAGCUCGGUAGCGGGGUCAACAUCUCGGACGUCGGCGCUUUCUACGAGACAACCGCCACCAACAUUACCCUCGUCGUUAUGACGAGAGAGGAAAAGCCCUACGUGAUGGUACGAGAGGACAAGAAUCUGACGGGGAACGCGAGGUUCGAGGGUUUCUGCAUAGACCUGCUCAAGUGGAUAGCCGGCCAGGUUGGCUUCCAAUAUGCCAUUCGACUCGUCCCCGACCACAUGUACGGCGUCUACGACCCGGAGACCAAGGAGUGGAACGGCAUAGUGCGCGAGCUCAUGGAGAAAAGGGCUGACCUGGCGGUAGCCUCGAUGACGAUAAACUACGCGCGGGAGAGCGUCAUCGACUUCACGAAGCCCUUCAUGAACCUCGGCAUCGGCAUUCUGUUUAAGGUAUCGAAUCGCAUGCCGUCACGGCUGUUCUCGUUCAUGAACCCACUGGCGGUGGAGAUCUGGUUGUACAUGUUGGCGGCCUACGUCCUGGUUUCGCUGACAAUUUGGAUCGUCGCUCGCUUCUCGCCGUACGAGUGGGCCGAGCCGGCGCCCUGUCCCGCCUGCAAGUGUCCACUGCAGGGUGGUCACGUCGGCUCCCUCGACCCGGAAGCCGAGGAUUUGGCGCUGCCUCACAACGUCAACGACUUCACCCUGGCCAACAGCUUCUGGUUCACCGUCGGUACUCUCAUGCAGCAGGGCAGCGACCUCAAUCCCAAGGCAACGAGCACGAGGAUAGUCGGAGGCAUCUGGUGGUUCUUCACCCUCAUCAUUAUAUCCUCCUACACGGCGAAUCUCGCAGCUUUCCUGACAGUCGAGAGGAUGAUUACUCCGAUCGAAAACGCGGCUGAUUUAGCCGAACAGACGGAUAUACCUUACGGCACGCUCGAAGGUGGCAGCACAAUGACUUUUUUCAGGGAUUCGAAGAUAGCGAUCUACCAAAAGAUGUGGAGGUACAUGGAAUCGAAGCAGCCGUCGGUCUUCGUAUCGGAUUACGAGGAGGGCGUGAAACGAGUCCUCGAAGGUAACUACGCCUUCCUCAUGGAAUCGACCAUGCUGGACUACGCUGUUCAGCGCGACUGCAACCUCACCCAAAUCGGCGGCCUCCUCGACAGUAAGGGAUACGGUAUAGCCACCCCCAAAGGUUCUCCCUGGCGAGAUAAAAUAUCCCUGGCGAUUCUGGAGCUGCAGGAGAAGGGCGUGAUUCAGAUUCUUUACGAUAAGUGGUGGAAGAACACCGGGGACGUAUGCAACCGGGACGAGAAGAGCAAGGAGAGCAAGGCGAACGCCCUCGGCGUGGAAAACAUCGGUGGGGUUUUCGUGGUUCUACUCUGCGGUUUGGCUCUGGCGAUUCUCGUGGCCAUCCUCGAAUUCUGCUGGAACUCCAAGAAGAACGCCCAAUCGGACCGGUCACUGUGCGCGGAGAUGGCCUCGGAAUUCUGCUUCGCAAUAAGAUGCGGCUCGCGUCAGCGACCAGCCUCGAAGCUGCGAGCCACGAGCUCGUCAGGUCCGGUGGUCGGCUGCAGUCGCUGCAGCUCCUCAUCGAUGCGCCGAAGCCGCUACUGUCCCGCGAGCCACCAGACGAGCUCCUCCAUCGCAGCCGUCGGCCACGAGGAGACGACCUACGUACCGAGCAUCGAAAUCCCCUGGCUAAAUGCAGGAGGCUGGUGCGCUGCAGAUGACGGAGAUGAAGAAAUCAUUGAGCUACGAUCAAAUGACGGGGGAGCCAGGGAGCGGGGACACCUAGCACAGGCUUCUCCCUCAGCUUCGUCAGCGACCAUCGCAGCAGCAGCAGCAGCAGCAGAUCUGCCGCAACACUCCCACGCACACUCAUCACACACACUGCCACUCGCACUCCCACAGUCUCAGUCAUUCGCACAAACGUCAGCAGCAGCAGCAGCCGCCGCCGAAGCAGAGACGAGCCUCUUCCGGCAUCGGCUUGGCUCAAGGAGGUGACCACCCUGAGAGCAUCCUGUGGAGGUUCGACUGCGAUCUGGCGGGUGAGCCGGACGUGGUGAUAUCCCCUGCCCCGGCACCUCCACCCCCGCCGCCGCCACCCUCGGCCAGUGUCUCCAGGACGACGACCCUCUGACCUAUACUCGAGGAGGCCCCGACAGGCGUCCCUCCCCAGCACCACUUCAGCUCCAGGGAAUCACAGUUGACGGCGGCGGCCUCCAUCCUCGAGCGCAAAGAGUCGUCCUUGUAGCCAAGCGACUCCUCCUCCUCCACCACAUCCUCCUCACGACUCACCUUCUGAUCGUUAUCAACGGCUGAUCGCCCGGACCAAUUCCCAUGCUAGCGACUCAUCACUGCCGAAGGAUAUAUAUAUACGAUGUGUGUUAUGUUGUUGUUAUACGUAUAUAUGUGCAUAUGAUGCAUACACUCGGCACUGCUCGAUCGGCGAUGAAGGAAGGAAAGACUGUUUCGUGGUGUAUAUUAGAGAGGAAUAUAGUCAAGGGGGAGAAGAAGAAAUUCGUGUAUUUCGAUGUACCUCACGAUGUACUAUUCUCACGAGAUUCUUGUAAAUACGCUCUGUAUCAUAUGCGCUGGUGUAACUGAGAGUGUAUAUGAGUGUGGUGAUACAUUAGCACGUGCCAACUGGUAGAUAGUCGACUUUUUUAUGAAGACAGAAUGCGCGACGUAAUUGUAAAAAGUUAGUCAUUAUACAGAUGGAUGAGAAAAUAUUCUUGAUAAAACGAAAAGAACGAUAAUUAUGCAGCAUUAAUUAACGGUAGUCGAACAAUUCAUUAGUUGGCUCCAGUCGAGUUGUUGAAAGUUUUAUAUUUGAAAUGUAGUAGAUAUGGAAAUCUCGAUCACUCGUUAUUUGAAAAUUUUAACGCUCUCAUUAAAAUUAAAUUGUUGUCGAGAAUUUUCAAUUUCGAUCGUUACACUACCUUAUAUUUAUUAUUCUAUAAUAAUCUUUCUCGGGUAUAGAAAAGAUUUAUUAGGCGCGUUUUAGCCAGAGAAAUACGAGUUAAAAGUCUUUUCGAUAAUAAAAAAAAACACACAUACACAAGUUGUCUGUUCUCAAGUGUUCUGAAAAUUGUAUUUACAGUGACUUUUUAUUUGAAAGUCGUGUUUUAUUGUACCAAAUUGUAAUAAAUGCCGAUGUGCGCGAGAAACUGAAAAAGUGUAACACCAUCUCAACGAGGUUCAUAUUAUAGAAACCUUGCAAGUUUCAAUAUCGAUAAAUUCUGAAUUCACGAGAAAAAAAAGUAUGGAUAAAUGCUAGAAAUAUAUGAUAUUUGAGAUGUACAUCACAAGAUCCCUCGCCGUAUGUCUGACAAUGUCCAAAUAAACCGAAAAGUAAUGGCGCGUGAGUUUGGAUGUAAAAAUGACUCAGAACACAUUGAAAUGUAUUUAAAUGAGAUGAAAAUUGUGAGGGGAAAAUGAAAUUAACAAAUAAGAUGUAAAAAUGUAAAUGACAAGUGCGAUUGUUUAUAAAUCAGUAAGGGCAAUUUGAAAAUUUUUUUUAAUGUAAAAUUACAGUUCAAAUAAAUGACCCACGUUUUUAACGAG